GUUGGCAGCACACUGUUUGUAAAUUUUUAAUCUGUAUUUUAAAUGGUAAAACUGGGUAAAACUUUUUUUGUCGGUGAUGGUGUAAAUAUUUUGGAUUUGUACUGGAAUAAAAUUCGAACAUAAUUUUCGUCAUUUAAUUUGGCUGUGCUCCAAGUCCAAAGCAUCAGAAGACAGUAAUCAAGCUGAAAAUUAAAAUCAAAACACGUAAUAUUUUUGUUUUUGUGCGUAAUAAUAAAUCACGAUGUCCUCUCUCGUUGAACCCUAUUAUAAUAUGACGACACAAAUAAAUUUUGACCAACGAUGGAUUGAGGGAAUCAUACUUAAAUUAGCCGAUGCAUUUGAGAUAAGAGUGAAAUGGGAUACGGAGGCGGCCAUGUUAACAGGGGCCUUUGCCCUGGCGGGUGGGCUAGUGGGAGGGUAUGCUGGCGGCAGGAUGGGGGCUGCGUUGGGCGCGGGCCUUGGUGGAGCAGCUGGUUUUGGGGUAUCAACCAUGGUGUCGCUUACAGAAAUCUGGGACUCGGUCAAAGCCAAGCUAAAGGAGCUGGUAUACAUAGUGUUCAACUACUUGCGUCGCCUCGACCCUGCGGACUACGUCCAUGCUCUCAACGUGCUCAUGGCUUGCUCGGCAAGUAAGCGUGAGCUAGUCAUGACUAUUCUGGAUUUUGUCGCUCACAAACUGGGCCGGGAAGUCAUUUCUAGCAUCACAGCUGCAUAGUUAUUCCUUGUAAUCAUUACAUGAUUUAGCAGUGAACGAUAAAGCAUAGAACGCGCAUUUCUAACAAUAAUUAUUAGGAAAUCGCCGUGAAUACACGUCGGUUUUAAUCGUAUCAGGGUAUUGAUUAGUUCCUACUCUGUAUCAUGCGGCAAUGACCGCUACUGUGAUAAGCUAACACAAAGUUAGUUACAGAAGUUCAAUUGAAUUGAUCACGUGUGGUACAAUAUGCACUGGCCAUCACGGUAGAGAUUUCGUUACGCUGUAAAAGCGUACGAAUAUUUCUAUGCUUUGUCAUUCACUGUGAUUUGGUAUUUUAGGGGUUUGGUGCUUCAAUAAUUUUUAAGUCGUUUUUGAACUUACCAAGGAACAGUUAUCCAAAUGUUUUUACUUUGAAGGAAAUAUUGUGUACAAUAUUAGCGCCAAUAUUUCUUCUGUUCCUAUAUAAUUAGUCUAGUUAUAAACUGGCAAUUUUACCUGAUUAGUAAUAAAAAGAUAUUGAAUCUCAAAAAAGUAUUGCAACUUUAUUUUUAAUUAAUGAUAAAUUAGAUGCUAUUGGUUAAGCUAUAUUUUUUUAUAAAUCACCACAAGAAAUGGUUAUUGUUUUGUUAAGACUGAAAAUUAAAUAGUAGUCAAGAGUUUUUUUCGUAUCAAUAAAGUUGCCCAGUACUUAAAUUAGGUAUUAUGUUUAGAGAUUAUCUGUGUUAUAUAAUGCAUACAAAAUGAGAUUUCACUCACCAUUUUGACGUGACAACGUCUUAUAAUUCGAUAGACCGGCUCUAAAGUAUGAUUUAGGCCUUAUUUUAAAGGUGAACCCAUGCAAGCGAGUGAGUUCUCAUUUUGUACAAACUAUAUCUAUGUGUGACUUGCACUCUGUGCCUUAUUAAAGAAUUUUUUAAUUCGUUUUAACAAUCUCACUGCUCAAAUAAUAUGUAUGAAUCACAAUUUGUGGAUUAGGUACCUAUCUAAUAGGUUUUAAGGUGGAGACAUAUCACAUUUUUGUGUAAAAUAAAAGUAUUAUUUUAAAGAA